AUGAAGUUCCUUGCCUCUCUCGCAGCCUUCGUCAGCGUCGCUCUGGCUCAGAAUGCCGGCAUUGGAUAUCCCGCCGAGGGUCAAAAGCUCGAGGCUGGCAGCGAUACUGUGGUGCAGAUCCAGCGACCUAACUCUCUGACCGGAUCGACUGAGCUGCAAGUUGCAAUUGGUAUCUCCUCGUGCGCUUCUUCGCCUUGCCUGGCUCCCACGGACACAAUGGGCACUAUCCUUUACCACGGCAACUUCAAGCCCGUAUACCACGAGUCUAGCUCUCCUCCCUACGAGAACUUUACUGUUACGAUCCCCUCCAGUAUUAAGGGUGGCAAGGCCCAGAUCAACAUCGCCCAUCUCGCCCUCGUUGGUGCGGGCAAUUACCCCUACUUUGAGACUCUGAACCGGACUGUUGAGAUCAAUUAG